AGGACCGCAGGCAGCUGUACACGAGCAUCCUCUAUUCUACACACGCGCCCACAUCACACAGUCAAUGGAUUACACCUUCUCUCUCCAAGUGCAACACCAUCUGACCGUAUACCCGACACACUUAUACGAGGACUACAGCUUAGAGUUACAGAUGAAGUCAACAGAGGUGGAUCAAGGCCUUUUCACAGACAGUUACUGCAAAGUGUGCAGCGCUCAGCUCAUCUCAGAGUCACAGAGAGUGGCACAUUAUGAGAGCCGGAAACAUGCAAACAAAGUGCGUCUGUAUUACAUGUUGCAUCCAGUAGACGGGGGAUGUCCAGCUAAGAAGCUCAGAACAGAUGACGGGAGUGAGGAGGGAGAUGUGGAUAAGAACAAGUGCUGUACACUGUGUAACAUGUCCUUUACUUCAGCGGUGGUAGCGCAGUCUCAUUACCAAGGCAAGAUCCAUGCUAAGAGGCUCAAACUUCUGCUGGGGGAACAGCCUGCCAUAACAGCCAAAGAGGUGACACCUAGUCCAGUGAAAACACCCUCCACAGAAACCUCACCCGUGAGCUCGACCCGUCAGCACCGGGAUUCUGAUCGCUACUGUCAGCUGUGCAAUGCUUGGUUCAACAAUCCUGGAAUGGCACAGCAACACUACGAUGGCAAAAAGCACAAGAAAAAUGCAGCACGCGCAGACCUACUGGAACAACUAGGGAAGACGUUAGACAUGGGAGAGAUGAAAGGUGAGAGGGAAAGAGACCAGACCAGCAGUCAUUGCUGUGAGGGCUUCCACCUCCUAGCAGACCUAUUAGGUUUAAAACGCUGCUACACAUGUGAUGUCUGCAGUGUCACACUGAAUUCAGUGGCACAGUAUCAUGCACACCUGCAGGGAUCCAAGCACCAAAACAACCUAAAGAAUCAGCUGUGUGUCCAGUGAACCAAUAGGAAAAACAAGAUGAUUGGAUUGAUGUCAGACAAGCUGUGAUCAGCUUGCCCAGGAUUUUCUGCCUCUAUUCUGUCCUCCCUUUCUCUCUCUGUCCUUCUUUUACUCUGUUGUCUUACUCUCAACUUGACUGCAAAAGAAGAUCCUCUUAAAGUCAGCCUUUAGUCAUCCUGAACCUUUCCUCUACAGCAGCUCUCCUCCUCAUGACUCAAACACAGACAUCAUACUCUGAAUCUCUGGAGGAGAUGUGACUUCAUCCAGUGACACCCAUCCGGUACUUAUUCUGUUAUGGCGCCAGAAGUUCAUAUAGCUAAUCUCAGUCAGUUGUUGUGUGCAUGACUGAAUAAUGUAUUCGUUGUCACUUUAUCAGCUGAGCAAUAUUUGUCCAAAAUCUGCCAAAUUAAUAGUUAAAAUCAUCAAAAUUAACUUAAAAGAGAAUGCACUCUAUAGAAACUGUUGUCCACAUUUAUUUUUAUGUCUCUCAUUUUUAAUGCACUAUUUGUUGUUUGUGAGCAAACAAUACACGUUAUACAAAUAUCUAUGUGUUUUUGGCCUAUAAAUAUGGGCAUUUGGGGCAGGGUUCUAAUGAAACAAAAUUUAUUAUAUGUGUUUGUUGUAUGUAUGUGUGAUCUGUAUAUAGCUGUUUGAUGAAUGGGCAUUUGAGAAUAUUUGUAAGCUAAUGUAAGCCUAUUCAGAUUUCCGGUCUGGUUUUUAAUACAUUUUUGACAUUUUGAACAGAAUGAAGUUCUAAAGGUCUUCAGGAGAAGAUCGAAAAGCAAAGAUCAAGCAGCUAAUCCUUCAUAUGGUUGUCCGUUACUUGUUUUACAUGUCAUAGUGGAAAUUAGAUGCGUACAAAAUUGGUUUUUGAUAGUAUUCUAACAAUAUUUAAAAAAUGUAAAAAUAUGAUUUUAAAAGAUAAUAUAGUUAUUCAAAGGUCAUUAUUCAUUUGCACUACCUGUAUUUUAUUUGUUAUAAAAGUAACAGUUGGAAGGUUUACUUUAAAAUUGAAUUUUAUGACUUUUUAAUUGCACAGCUCUUUGAAAUACUUAAUUCUGAUCGGUCAAUUUUUGCAUUCCAAUGUCAAAUAUUUCUGCAUAAUGCAAAAGUGUACAACUGCUCACUCAUCUAGGUAUUCUUUGCUGUGUGCUCAUGGUCUGUUUCUCGGUUGUCAUUUCAACCCAGAUCAACUCGGAAAUAUGUAUGUUAAUGUAAGUACAGUUACAGCGUCAUCAUUUUUAAAGUGAUAAAAAACACCUGACAGGGUUCAUUUUUUUUGUGAUAAUGGUUGACCGCCCAUUAUCCCGUCCCUAUUUUACACUCUAUAGAAAGAUGUCAAUGUUUAUUCCUUCUUACAAUCAAUAAAUAGCAAAAUCUCUUAAAUGACACAUGACGUGAAGAAACAUUUUAUCAAAGCCAGAUCUUUAGAUCAAAACAUAACAUAUUUAGCCAAGUGUGGUCGAACUUAAUUGGUUAUAAUGUGUAUAAAGAUUUUAAUAUAAGAGCAAUUCAGUGCACAAACAAUCACCGCUCCGCCACAAAGAUGGAAGUAUCCAUUUAUGCAUUGUUUCAUUGGAACUUGUGUGUGUUCCCUUUAAGAGAGCAACUCUCUCCCUCUUUGUGCUCUGGGUCAUGUGAUCUGAAAACAAAAUAAAAGUGUCUGAAACAAAAUAAAAGGCACUUCAAAUC